AUGACUCGCGCGGUCGAUGGGAGACGGCUUCGGCCAGUCAGCGUAGGAUCCAGACCUCCACGCCCGAUGAGCUUCACUUUUCCAGAAUUCCCCUUCAAUCCAGAGAGUGAUGUCUUUCCGUAUGCGGACCCGAACAAACGGUUGUCAUACUUCAAAUACCCAGAUGUAGACCCGGUAUCACCCCUUCCGGUCCUCACAGCAUCACGAAACGGCAGUCAAGACACAAUUGUUCCGCCCCCGUACGAUGGCCGUGACGCAGAAAAGGCAGACACAACUCCGGAAGCCCCUCCUCCGAGCAGGAUGAGCAGACAGGAAAUUAUCAUCAUCAUGACAGCUCUAUGUCUGGCCCUGUUUCUCGCGGCCCUGGAUAUGACUAUUAUUUCCACCUCUCUUCCUACAAUAUCGAAAGUGUUCAAUGCCAACGAGAGCGGAUACACCUGGAUGGCCUCAUCUUACCUUCUCGCAAAUGCAUCAUGUGUGCCCCUUUGGGGAAAGCUCAGUGACAUAUGGGGUCGCAAGGUUCUCAUUCUAGCAGCCAAUGUACUCUUCCUUGUUGGAAGCUUACUCUGCGGAAUUGCCCCCGGACUCGCCAUUUUCCUCGUCGGACGAGGCGUUCAAGGUAUUGGUGGAGGCGGUCUGAUCAUUCUCGGACAAAUCUGUGUCAGCGAUUUGUUUAGUGCAAGAGAGCGUCCCGUGUACUAUGCAUUAUUCGGAGCUACCUGGGCUGUUGCUGGAGCACUUGGGCCGGUAAUAGUGCCCGUUGGCGGUAUAUGUUUUGUGAUCCUCUUCUUUUUCCUGAAGAUUGAGUCCCCUAAAACACCUCUCCUGGCCGGGCUGCGUGUUAUUGACUGGCUGGGCACCAUCACUAUCGUCGGAGGAACCGUCAUGCUGUUGUUUGGCCUGGAAUUCGGCGGUGUCAGCUUCCCGUGGAACUCUCCGACCACCAUCGGCUUAAUUAUCGGCGGCAUUAUUAUUUUAGGAAUAUUUGGUGCUGUUGAGAGAUAUUACGCGAAAUACCCGAUCAUGCCUCCUGCCGUCUUCGGUAGUAUAAACAAUAUUCUGAUCCUAGCGGUUAACUGGGUCCACGCAUCUCUUUUCAUUUCCGGGGCAUACUUCCUUCCGAUAUAUUUCCAGAUUGUCCUAGGUGUCGGCCCAACGCUCAGUGGGGUUUACAUUCUGCCACAAGUAAUGGGGCUCUCAGUUGUCGCCAUGUUGACGGGAAUGUUUAUUCGAAACACUGGCAAAUAUGUUUGGAUUAUGCGUAUUAGCAUGCUGGUUACAACCCUAGGAUACGGGCUGUUUUUGGAUUUUAAACCCUACACCUCCUGGCCACGGCUUAUCUUAUACCAGCUCCUAUCUGGCAUUGGCAUCGGUCCCAACUUCCAAGCUCCCUUGAUUGCCAUCCAGAAUAAUAUGCCUGCUGGCGAUGUCUCGGGUGCUACCUCGACCUUCGGUUUUAUGCGCCAGCUCGCUACCUCAUCAUCCAUUGUGCUUGGCAGUGUGGUAUAUCAGAAUAUUAUCAAUGGUAAAGAGGCACUACUUGUCCAGGUUUUGGGCCCGGAAUUAGCACCUAAAUUCCUCGGAAGCAUAGCCGGAGCAAAUAUCGAUUUAAUCGGCCAAUUGACACAGUCUCAGAAAGACAUUGUACUGAAUGAGUACACCACUGCUCUCAAGCGUGCGUGGCUAUUCUAUACCGCGCUGGGCGCCCUGGGUUGCAUAUUCAGCUUCUUCGUCCGAGAAAAGGUUCUGAAUCAGAACCAUGAGGUAACAAAAACAGGACUGGAAGAGCAAGAGCGUGCUCGAUUAGCACGCAUUGCAGCUGCAAAGAAACCUGCAGAAGAACAGACCGAAUGGCCCGGUGGCGGGUCAAGAUAA